CGCGUACGACGCUCCUCGUACAGACAACCGCGCAGCGUUCAAACGAGAACUAGCGAUCGCGGAUAAAACAUGACGUCGGACAUCAACGAGUGGUACCGAGGCCGCAAGGUCCUGGUGACGGGAGCCUCCGGCCUCAUGGGCAAGGUGCUGAUAGAGAAGCUGCUCUACUCCGUGCCUGACGUGGGCUGCGUGUACGCACUGGUGCGAAGCAAGCGCGGCAAGACGCCCGAGUCGCGGAUCGAAGACAUGUGGAAACUACCCUUAUUCUCAAGGCUAAGAGAAGAGAAACCACAUGUGAUGAAGAAACUGAUUCCCGUGACGGGAGACAUCAGCUACGAUAACCUCGGGAUCGAAGAUCAGAUGCUGAACAAACUUUAUAACGAGGUAUCAGUAGUAUUCCACUUCGCGGCCAGCCUGCGUCUCGAGGCACCGCUGAAGGAAGGGCUGGAAAUGAACACGAGGGGUACUCUGCGUGUCAUCGAGAUGGCCAGGAAAAUGAAGAACCUGGCGGCUUUUGUGCAUCUCUCAACUGCAUUCUGUUAUCCUGAUUACGAGAGAAUGGCUGAAAAGGUUCACGACCCACCCCACAACCCCCACGAAGUCCUGCGCGCCGCGCAAUGGCUGACCGACGACCAGCUGAACCUCUUAGCCCCUUCCAUCAUGAACAUGCAUCCCAACUCGUACCUGUACUCCAAGCGGCUGGCCGAGGCGUUGGUCAGGGAGGCUCAUCCGGAACUACCGGCGUGUGUAGUUCGACCCAGUAUAGUGACCCCCUCAUACAAGGACCCGAUGCCAGGCUGGGUGGACAACCUCAACGGGCCCAUCGGGCUCAUGGUGGGCGCUGGAAAGGGCGUGAUCCGCUCCAUGCACUGCUACGGCCAUUACCACUGCGAGGUCAUUCCCGUGGACAUCGCGAUCAACGCCAUCAUCGUGAUCGCGUACAAGAUCGGCACGCAGACGGAACGGUCUCCAGAGCUCCCCGUCUACAACAUAACAACAGGCGACGACAGAGACACCACCUGGAAGCAAGUGCUGGACAACGGCAAGGCGACCAUCCGGAAGUACCCCUUCGAGGGCCCGCUGUGGUACCCCGAUGGGAACAUUCGGCACAACAAGUUCAUACAUAGCCUGUGUGUGUUCUUUUACCAUCUUGUGCCGGCUUAUUUGAUUGAUUUCCUGAUGCUGAUCUUUGGACAGAAACGAUUCAUGGUUAGAAUCCAAAACAGAAUAUCCGUCGGACUCGAAGUACUGCAGUAUUUCACAACCAGGGAAUGGUGGUUCGACACGUACAACUUCAAGGCCCUACCAAAGUCCCUGAACGCUGAGGACUUCAAACUGUUCCCUAUGGACCUGACCAUUAUUAAAGACGAGCCGUAUAUUGAGAGUUGUAUGAUUGGCGGGAAAUUGUACUGCUUGAAGGAGAAAAUGGAAAAUCUGCCCAAAGCGAGACUGCAGAAUAACAUUCUAUGGGUGUUAGACAAGCUGGUGUCCGUGUUCCUCUACUUGCUGGUCGUGUACUGGAUCGCGUCCUACUUCGAACCGGCGCGGGACCUACUGUCCUAUGUCCCGCUGGUGCGGUAUCUGCCGCUCGUCGGGAAAGUCGUAUUUCCUCAGUAGAUAUUAAGACGAAAACUAAGCCCCAUUUUCCUCUUUGGAUAUUA